AUGCCAAGUAAAAGCUUAGAAACUGCUGAAAAAGCUUUUGUUAUGCAAGUGUCCUUUCCCAUGGGAAGAGAAGAAGCAAACAUUUUCAUCACAGAACAUACGCAGCUAUACGCGUAGGUUCAACAAAGCACAAUCGAUUUUGCUAUAAAAAUGUAACACAGAGUUUCUAUAUGGAGAAUAGAACCAUAUACAUGAGAGCAAAACAGCCAGUGCUUAUGCUUAGCUUGCGCAAGCGCACUAACAUGAAAUGUAUCCAACAAUUAGAAUGAGGUAAUGGGAAAAUGUUUCUAUGCAUAUGAUUGGAGAAAAUUGAAAUGUUUUCUGUAAAAAAUCUUAUAAAUACCACCCCCAGGCAUCAGAGUCGCGGUUGCAGCUUUUGCGGAACGAUCCGACUGUAACCGAUUGCUUGGAAAGUAAUAAAUCAAUGGACUCUUUAUCUUCUCCUGGCUCCUAAGUUUUAUUGGCCUCAGACACAGGAGUUUUUAAUAGCCUUUGAGGGCUUGCAACAAGAUGAAAGAGACCUUGAAAGAUUGGAAGGCUGUUUUAAAUUUCUACUUCUUCUAUUCCACAGCUCUCAAAUACUCCAUAGUACUAUCCCAUAAUCAUGUAUUUCACUCCUGGUAUCAUGUGUUGUCUUCAGCAUGAAGUUCCAGCUUCAGUGUAGUAAUUUAAAACAGAUACUUUGUCAACAAGCAAACACCCAUAUAUGCCCAACAUCCAUCAACUGGACUUAACAUUUUCUAACUGAAUAAGCUAACUGACAGGAGUGCUCUUAACUAAGAUUCUAUUCUAAUCAUCUUAAAGAUGCAAUGACUUAUAUCAGCAUGGGGUGGGAUGCCCAAAGGGAGUUGCAGAAUAUGAGAGAGGAGGAGGCAUGGAAAUUGAGGGUGGUCUGUACGCAAGGGAGACUUGAAAAAAGGAGGAAGAGCUAGGGAAAGGGGGUGAAGGUAAUUGCAUGUGUGUGAGCCUGUGUGCAUGCACACAAAUGGGACUGCACAACUCUGGAAGGUGUGGAAAUGAGAGCUCUCUAUGUGCAAGGGAGAGUUGAGGCAAGUAAGGAGGGUCGAGAGAAAAAAUAAUGAAUGAGGGUGCAAAACAGGUUGCAAAAAAAGAAGGGAGCAGGAUGCAUGUGGCUGGGUUGAAGAUGAAAACAGGGACAUGAAGGGGUCUGCAGAACAGGAAAGGAAGGUAGCUUUAUAAAUAGGUGGAAGAGAAAAGGGUGUUUAGUACAGUGGUACCUCGGGUUAAGUACUUAAUUCGUUCCGGAGGUCCGUUCUUAACCUCAAGCACCACUUUAGCUAAUGGGGCCUCCCACUGCUGCCGCACCGCCAGAGCACAAUUUCUGUUCUCAUCCUGAAGCAAAGUUCUUAACCCGAGGUACUAUUUUUUGGUUAGCGGAGUCUGUAACCUGAAGCAUAUGUAACCUGAAGCGUAUGUAACCCGAGGUACCACUGUAGUUGAAAUGGGUGGGAAGAGGAAGAUGCAGGGUGGUUUUUGUGCAGGGGGGGUGCACAAAAGGAAGAAGGGAAGAGGCAUGGACAUGGAGGUGAAGUGGGAAAUGGGUACAAAGCAGGACUGCAGAAUUGAAAAGUGGCUUUGGAAAUGGGGUUGGGCAAGUGCAAAGCAAGGGAAGCUCUAGGGGCUUGGUGUGGGAGGCAUGAUGGGAGUUAGUGAGCAGAGUGAGCUGGUGCACAGCCCCUAGUAAGUUAUAUAUUAUCUCUCAGGCUUAGUGCUUGUCACCAAUAAUUAUAAUUUGGUUUGAUGUGCUCUGCAAUGGGUUGUAGGUUGAGGCCGGGGCAGUGACCAGCUGCCUGGCAAGUUAUGAAAAGAUGGAUCUCUAAGGGCACAGUGGCCUUUCUUCUCUGGCCUGAUACACUUUGUCUCAUCAAAGCUCAGCCACCACCGGGCCUUUGAAGAGCGAGAAGAGACAAGCACUUCUUUCCAGGAACAUCUGGGACACAUAGACAUAUGCGUAGCAGCAGCUGGGCAAGCGUAGGUAAAAAUAACCUUGUUAAGUGGCUGCUAAUCCUGCCCCAUGGAACUGCCUGGACUCCAGAGCCCUGACCUUUUGGGGCAGAGAAGAGAUGAGAGGGGGUGGCUUGGCCGCCUUCCCUAUUUAUGCGACUGGACUGAACCAGAUGGGAAGUGGCUGCUAUAAAAGGCUCUAUGAGGAUCUCCACAUGGCAGGUCCCAAACAGACAGACAGACAGCAAGUCAGUCAACAAAACACUCUGAAAGGAAGAAGCACAAGUGCCCCAGCGCCAUUGUGGCAGGUAAGUGUGUGUCUUAGAGGCCUGGCAGGUAGGUAAGCCAAGUAGGUUUAGAGUGCUCUUUGCAAUUCCUGUAACUGUAAUUCAGGUGCAAAACUGACAGGCUAGGGAGUGCAUUUGACUUUAACUGUGUAAUCAGAAGCGUGUUCCACUGAAUUCAAGACUCACUCCUAUGCAUGAGAUUGCAACCUAAGUAUCUUUCUCUGGCUUUAUACCCUGCACCAAGGGAGGAAGCCAUAUAGAGCCACUUGCAGAAAAAUGUAUUUUUUAUAGGCAGUGCUAUUUUUCUAGAAAAUGAGGUGCCGGAACUCACCCUAAAUGCCUCCCUUGUUCUCUUAUAAUGGCAACAGCAUCCACUUGAAAGGUGUUGGAACUGAAUUCUUGUGAGUUCCAGCUGAAAGGGAAAAAAAGGCCUGAUUAUAGGAAUGAUUUGUGUUGUUUGUAGCUAAAACAUCCUUAAGUUAUUCCCCGCCCCCGCCAUCCCAGUCCUCACAGUUUUGUCUAAUGUGAGGAGUACUGAGACUGAAACACAGCUGCCUGUUAAUCAAACUCUCUGCCCCCUAAGUGUUUCCCCCAGAUCCCAAAUAUGUAAGCAUUGGUUGUGGUUGCUGUGAACAAAAGCACUCUGCACACUGUUAGAGGUGCUCCUUUCUUUACACUCACCAAGUGUAACUCCAGCAUCACAAACCUUUUUGCAAUCAUCCCUCAUCUGGCACAGGACGCUGCACUGAGUCUCAUUUUGUGUCUUGCUCCACCAGAGUUGGGCAGCAUCUGGCUGUCCAUCAGAGGCAGCUGAUGCAAAGCCCAAUACCUGGGGUGUCUGGUUAUGUAAACACUCUGGUGUCAUCAUUUCUGAUUCCAUGCCAAAAAACGGAAUCAUUGCUCUCACAUGGCAAUACAUGCUGUUUCAGGAGCAAGGAAGUGUGGGGAGGGAAAACAUCAUGUUGGGUAACAAAUGACCCCACUUUCUAUAGAAAGGAAGGGACCAUCUGCAGUAGUGAGAUAACAUAAUUACGGUUGCCUUGUGCUGUCUGAACCUAUCAAGGUGAAUGGGCAAUUGUGCAGUCUUUAUAGCGUUGCAGGCCUUUCCCCCUGUGUUAUGCAGAAUGGUCCAGUUUCAUGAGAGUCUGUUUCAUGGAAAUGGCUAUUCCUAGAUCUACUGUUUACUUCGGAAGGCACAGGAAAAAUGCCUCUCCAAUUAUUUCUUUCUCAUUGGGCCUUUUGCCUUCAAUGCAGAAGGGUGACCGCUGCUCCAAUUCCUGCUAUGCAUUUUAGUCACCUGGCACCCACAAAAAAAGUGUACAUGCAGAAGGGUACAUUGGCAGUUGGUCAGUGGUCUUUUUGCAUUCACCCCAAGUCUCUUCUGUCGCUCCUCCUGAACAGCUAUGAAGCUCGUCUCUGGUGACAUCACAAAACGACUUGAAGAGAUGGUGUUGUUGACUUCUCAGAACCUGCCCCAGGUGGAGGUGGCUACGAGUUACACUGUCCUCCGAGAGCUUGGCAGUGGCUCCUAUGGGCAUGUGCUGAUGGCAGUCCACCAACGCCAAGGUAGGUCAGAACCCAAGAGGAUGGAGAGGCAGAGAAGGCUACAAAACAGAUCACUGAACCUAUGAGAGAACUUAGGUGUAAGAGAUGUGUGUAAAUCAGUCCAUGUUAUUCUACCUGAAGGGGCCGAGAAGGUUCUUCUAGAAUGUUGGUGAAGUGGCCGUUAGAAAGUGUCAGUUGAAUAGAUUUCUGGGGUGAGAGUGGAGAGUCCAUCUAAAGAGAGUUAACAGGAUCCUUUCUGAGGAGAACAGAACUCAUCCGUUCCCAGCUCUGGGAAGCUUGCAUUCUACUCUGAAGAAAUGUAGAUCUGUCUGUCUCCUGAAAAAGAAGAAAUACCAACAUCUCUUUUUUUGCUAGUCUACACAAGGAAAUGUACGUGCCACUUCCAUUUUCAGAGAAAAUAGGGGAUGUUGUUAUACCUGCAGAAUGGUGAACGUAGUCUAUUAUAAUCUUUGAAUUAUUCUCUCCAUUAUUGUUUCAAGGGUGAUUUUCAAGUAUUGGGAUGGACCCUAUCUAUGUAGUUGCAAUUAUACUCUAAUCCUGUACCUGCUUACAUCAUUUGGAUUUAUUUCUGGUACUGAGUAGACAUAUAUAGGAUUUCUCUGUAGAUCCUUCUAAAAUCAAUGGGAAAUGAAGUCAUGGUUGAACUGUCUGGUUGAAAUAAGUUAUACUGGAUCUAAAGCAGCAUCAUUUAAAUUGAUAGCAUGUUGUUGUUUUGCUGAAAAGAAUUGUGUUCGCUUUUGCACCACAAGAGCAAAAUGUGAGACUAGCUUGUUUGAUGUGGAAUGUCCUUGGGGGGCACUCAAGUCCUUUAUAUUUUCUCCUCUCUUUCAGGGGCCAAGGGUCUCUUGGCUGCCUCCCGGUUGCCAUUGUUUUGUGGGAGGGAUCCAAGCACAUUUCAUAAAUUUAGUUUGGCACAUUUAGGUGGACUGAAGCACUCUGUUGCCCUAGCACAAUAAAUCCACUUUAAAUAAGAAACUGACUUUUUCCCACUAUGAAAGUGGCAGGGAAGAACAUUGGAGAGUGUAGGAUAAAAGAACAAUUAAUGGGGAGGCUGAUAAGGACUCCAUAAGCAAAUCAAGAUGAAUGCAGAAUAAUUGCUCAUUGUCCUAUAACCGCCCUGCAAACAAAUCAGCACAAAUGCUUAAUAAGUAAAAAUCAGACAUAGUCUAACCUCCGUGUAAGCUUUGUGUCAGCAAAUCAGGAUGAAUGUUUAAUAAAUUGGUCAUCUGGAGGAACCACUUCUCUUCUCUCUUGCAGGAACACCCAUGGCACUGAAAUUUGUACACAAGAAGGCUACAGAAUUGCUAGAUUUCGUGAAUGAAUACUGCAUUGCGCUGACUUUGGGGGCCCAUCCCUGCAUUGCCACUGCCCUUGGGAUUGCUUUCCAGACCCCCAAACACUAUGUCUUUGCACAGGAGUUGGCUUUGGCCAGUGACCUCUUCUCGCUCAUGGUUCCACAGGUAACAAACCCACCAGGCAUGGACACAGACCACAUGCCUUCUGUAGCUGGCAGCUUCCCACCCCAUUCCAUGCUUUUCGAAAAGUUAUGGUGGAGGAGAAAGAUGUGAGAGAAUGGAGUUUCUUUGCUUGUAUGCCCCUUUCCCCCCUACUCCCACGUCAUUUCAAAUCAUGGAAUAGUACCAGGCUGGUUUUCACUGCCAGGACCACCUGUAGUAAUAAGAUUGCCUAUGAGUUGCAGCUGAUUACUCUGUUGGUUAAAUCUGCAUAUAGGUCAAAACAAUAUUUCUGAAGCGAGAUGCAUGCUACCUUUAGUUUUCAGCAGAAAACAUCUUUUAAGAAGAGGCAUUCCUCCUGCCUGAGAAGAGACAAUGCCUCUUUGAAGAUGGUACUCACCAUAUGAAGUUUUUAUAAACACUUGUAUUUUUUGCAUUUUUAAAAAGUCUUCUGCUUCUUUAAUCAAGUGGGCUUUUUAGUCAAAGGUACAGUUGAGCUUUCUAACUACUGUUCAUGCCAGAGAAAUUAGAAAUGUAUUUUAAAAGCUUCCCUGCAUGCUGUCUUUUUUAUGUGAUAUCAAAUGCAAUACAGUGGCACCUCGGGUUAAGUACUUAAUUCGUUCCGGAGGUCCGUACUUAACCUGAAGCUGUUCUUAACCUGAAGCACCACUUUAGCUAAUGGGGCCUCCUCCUGCUGCUGUGCCGCCGGAGCGCAAUUUCUGUUCUCAUCCUGAAGCAAAGUUCUUAACCUGAAGCACUAUUUCUGGGUUAGCGGAGUCUGUAACCUGAAGCGUAUGUAACCUGAAGCGUAUGUAACCUGAGGUACCACUGUACUUACAACACAUGAUCACAGAAACACAAGAUACAGCCAGCCUUACAAGUGCAUAUGCACUAUUUUAUUCCUCACUGGCUCCUUUUCAAGUUCUGGAAAGCUGCCUGAGAGCAAGUGCUUAAAAAGACUAGAUAAGAGUGCAUCCACUCAUCUUGACUUAGGCAACUGAACUGAAUGGAAGUUGCUAAUGCAAAGGGGAUCAAUCAUGAACCUCGAAAGAGGACCCAAGCAUAUAGCUGCCCUAAGACUUCCAACAAUAUAAUCUAUCCCUGCUUGAGCACACCAGAGAAUGAAGUCCAUAUCAUGAUAUUAGUUUCAUAAUUUUUGACAUGAAAAUAUAUUGUGAAUCAUGAUGUGUGUUUGUGUGCUAUGCAAAAAUCACAAUGUGGGAAAACCCAUGAUGCCAGCCAAUGCCUCUACAUAUAUUUCAGACACUGUGAUAUAUUACAGUGUUGAAAACCAGGUAUCCCCCAGCCCACUGUUUAUCUCUACAUAGUUUCAUCCUUAUUUCAGACAUUGUGAUAUAUUGGUAUAUCACAAUAUUUAGCUGGUGAUAUAUCAUGAUGUUGAAAAGCAGUUAGCGCCUAGCCCUAUCAGAGAACUGAGGAAUGGAGCCUGGAGAUGUUUCUACCUUCAGGGAAUUUGUGUGGCUGCACAUGUGACUUUCAUCUCUCCUUUACUUCCUCCAGGUUGGUGUGCCUGAGCAGCGGGUCAAGCGCUGCGCCCUGCAGCUUGCCAGUGCCCUUGAGUACAUGGAAACGAAGGGGCUGGUGCAUCGCGAUGUCAAACCAGAGAACGUGCUGCUGUGUGACCCAGAGUGCCGCCGCAUCAAGCUGACCGACUUUGGGCUGAGCUGCCCGCGAGGCCGGGCCAUUGAGGCUUUGCCAGAGAGCCUACCAUACACGGCCCCCGAGUUGAGCACGCUGGGCCCCAAAGCUCGUUUGGAGGCCCAGCCCAGCCUUGACACAUGGUCCCUGGGAGUGCUGCUCUUCUGCGUGCUAACCGGCUACUUCCCCUGGCUCACAGCUGUACCUGCUGACCGGUACUACCGCAGCUUUGUCUGCUGGCAUCGCAGCCCCCGCUUUUCCCCGCGCCCACCCCAUUGGGGGCGUUUUACUCCCCAGGCAAUGGAGAUGCUGCGGGGACUGUUGAUGCCCGACGCGUCUCAGCGUAGCCCAGCCAAGGAGGUGAUGAAUUAUAUCAAAGUGCCUUGGUUGCUCCCAGAGGCCCAGAGCUGUGUUCGGCCUAGCAGAGAUCUUCUUGGCACCAGCCGGCGCUGCUAA